AUGCGGGCGAGACGAGCGCGGGACGCGGGGGCAGGGGUCGGGAGCGACACAACUCAUACGAAGGCGCGAUGGCGACAACUGCGGCCGAGCGCGAGAGCGUUCGCCUCCAUUGGUCGGCGGCCAGGGUUUGUACUCAUUUGUGGAGUUCUCGGUCAAACGAGCUAUCCACAAGUCAGAAUAGCUCAAGGAACAGUAGUUGGUACAUUUAGUACAUACUAUGAGUUCUAUGGAAUACCUUACGCUGGGUCUCCUGUAGGGACCAAUAGAUACAAGGCUCCAACUGAUCCGCCAGUAUUUGAGACCCCAUUUAUUGCAGACCAAAAAAACAUAAAAUGCGUAAGACCGUUAAGAUUUGGUUACGAAGGAACGGAAGAUUGCUUGGCAUUAAACGUUUUAACACCAACACUCAAUCAGACACAAGGCUUACCGGUUAUGGUUUGGAUUAAUGGAAGAGAAUUUGAUAAAGUUAUUGAUCCGAUGUUUUCCUACGACAAUUUCCUGGAAAAGGAUGUUGUUAUUGUGAAACCAAAUUAUAGAGAGUCCAUUUUUGGAUUCCUGUGCUUGGGAACGCCUGAUGCGCCUGGAAAUGCUGGUCUAAAAGACAUAAUUGCCGCAUUACAAUGGAUACAACAAAACAUUGCUGCAUUUGGAGGGGAUCCAGACAAUGUCACAGUUUUUGGUCACGGCAGUGGAGCUGCAUUCGUAGAUCUUUUAACGCUCUCGGAGAUGUCCAAAGGUCUUAUACACAGAGCUAUAUCUCAAAGUGGGUCUGCUAUGGCUCCCUGGGCAGUCUCUAGGGAUAAUUUAAAAUAUGCUAUUAGUGUAGCUGAAGCGUUAGGCCACAGAAUAACGAAUUUGGAAAAUUUAACAGACGCAUUUCGACGAACCAGUGUAUCUGCACUAAUGGCAGUGAUAGGGGAUCUUGAAUUAACGGAUAAUUCGCUUGCAUUUGCACCAUGCUUGGAAAGGGAAGUUGUAGCGGAUGUUAAGCCUUUUUUGACAAAAUCUCCAUACGAAAUUUUAAAUGCUGGAGAACAAUUAGAUAUUCCGUUUAUAACCGGAUUUGUUGAUGUGGAAGGCACUAUAAGGGCUGACGAAGCUGUAGAAGAGGAGUGGUUGGCUAAAAUGCAAGAAUCAUUUACAGACUUCUUACAACCAGAUUUAGGUUUUGAAACUGAGAAAGAGGAGGAAGAAGUUGCUGAGAUAAUAAGAGAACAUUAUUUCGGCAAUAAUUCUAUUAACAUGAGUACAAUAGAUGGUUACCUGGCAUACCACGGUGAUACAUUGAUACUUGUAUCUGCUAUAAGGGAAGCACGUAUGCGAGUUGCUUCAAGCAACGCGUCUGUUUAUCUUUAUCAGUUUUCUUAUAAAGGUUCUCUAGGUGGAAUAUUUCAAGGUCCCCUUCCUAUUGACGAAGCGGCUCAUAAUGAGGAAUUAUCUUAUCUAUUCCACGAGGAUAAUCCGGAUACAACUACGAUUAUAGAUCUAACAAUCAUUGACAUACUUGUAGAAAGAUGGACCAAUUUUGCUAAGGCUAGUUUACCGAGUAGUGAGACUUCCACAGUCGAAUGGACACCUGUUACUGUUAAUAACACAUAUUUCUUGAGAAUCCUUGAUGAUGAAGAAGUUAAUAGAAACGAAGGUGGCUCGUUAGAUAUUGUAUUGGAAAAUCCACAUCCAACAACUGUGGCAUUUUGGCAAGAAGUUUAUGAUAACUACUUUGAAGAUGCCAAAGCUAGAUGGAGCAUUCAAGAUGAUGGUGAAGAAAUUGAUGAUGGUAGUGGUGAUAAUGGUGAAGGUAGUGGUGAUGCUGAUGAUGGCGAAGGAAUUGAUGUGGUGGAUAGUGAUGGUAGUGGUAGUGGUGACGGGGAUAUCACAGAAGGUGGUGAUGAAAAUGCUAGCGACUCCGCUUGCGCAUUGAUUGGCUAUACUUUUGGUAUAGUCGUACUAUUUGCAAUCUUAAACAUGAUGCACACUUCCCUUAUACUAUCAUAGUUUCAUAAAUUUAAGGUGAAGGUGGUGGCUUUGAUGAAUUUUGUUGGAAAUUCAUAUAAAGCACCCAUUAUUUACAUCUAUCGACGAUUA